AAUCGACACGAGGGCCCUACAAACGACUUUUUUUAUCAAGGGUCAACACCACUAGCACAUACACCAUCAGUAUAAAAUAGUGUAUAGUGUCGUGCGUACAGGCGAACGAACAAAUAACAAAAGACAGUCGAGUAACAAAACAAAACCGUGCACUCGCCUACUUUAACCUCACUCUUUCGUUUCGCGUGCACAGUUGACUCUCGCUGUGACCUCCUCGAUUUUGAUAUACUCUGGCAUUUUCUCGAUUUUCAUGCAUUAUAUUUGCAAAUCAUCGAUCGAAGUGUCAUUUCGAAAGUAAAUUGCUGCCGUUGGCUAGCAGUUGUGGAGUGCACCAGGUAACGAAAAGCAGGCUAAAAGCUCAAAUCAUCGGCGGCUGCGGCGACGGCGGCAUUUUUUUAGCGGUUCGGCUCAUAUGCGUAUACGUGUAUGUGCACGCGUGUGUGAGUGAGUGUCGAGCGUCAUGCAUACUCCGUGUGCGUGAGCAAGCGCCAACAUCCGCAGCCGGUUUCGUACUCGCGCAGAGAGGAGGUAACCUAGUCGCUCUCUCGACUGCCUCCGUGAGGUCGACGAGGAUGAAGUGGCUGGGUGCGGGCAGUGCCGGGGCCGGAGGUGAACCGACGCCCCCCAUGCAACUUCACCAUCCAAGUGCCAACGGACAUCUACCAACGGACACUGAAACUUGUGGUCAGGUUAUGGCUGGUGGUGAUGCAGUUCGAUUACCUCCUGGACAGACACUUCCAAUUGGUAUGAAUAGAGUUCAAGAUGAAACUAUGAUGGGUUAUGUAUUCCAACGUCCAACAGAUCAAGACUUUGGAGUCCAGUCAUCAGCUUUUCAAACAAAACAAGCACCUAGAGCAUGGGCUUUAGCAGAUGAUGGAAUAAUUGAUAAUAAUCAAGAAAAAUGGAAGUACCCUAUGAAUAAACUUGGAGUACCGCAGCAAAGUCAACCUCAACAGCUUGGCCUUCAAGCGAUGAAUAAUGUACAUAUGCCCUACGAAAUUCAUCCGAUGCAGUUGAAGAGUGGCACUCCAGGAACUGAGCAAUUUGUGUAUUUAAAUAAUCAAAUGACUCAACAACAAGUAGCAUUGUUUCAUCAUCAACAGCAGCAGCAACAACAGCAGCAACAACAGCAAUUGAGAAAUGGACAGGUUAGUUAAAUAAAUAAUGACAUUCAUAUCAGAGAAAUGAAUUUUUCAAUGAGAUAUAGGUAUUUAAAAACUAAACAUUGUGAUACAAGUUGAAUAUUGUAACUUUUGGUACAUUCAAAACUUUUUUCUUUGCUGUUCAGUGGUAUUAAUUAAUUUUUGAAGAGAUAUUACUUUAGCUUUUCUUUCUUAUCCUUAGUUUUUCCUUGCAAUUUGCAUGUUGUCCUUUCUUUAUAAUGUAGGUAAAAAUCAAGAUAAAAGAUUAAUAAUCAACUUUGAAAUAAAACAAUAACGUUAAAAGUGUUGAAAAACAUUUGGAAGUUUUAAUUAGUGUCUUUUUGUAUGGUUUGUAAAUACCCACUCGGUGUAAGCCCACGAUUUCUUCGUCGCCCACUAAUGUCCGCCUCUCGAUAAAUGGCACACCACGCCUAACAAUACUCUUUAAUGCUUAUUUGUGUACAAUCUCCUUGUGGGAUUUUUCAUGAGGUCAGGUUAUAUGGUGAUGUCAUAUCAAUGUACUUAAAGAAAGAUGA